UGGACAAGGCUGAAGGGAGAGGUAUAAAAGGUUCAGAUUUGAAUCAGUGGUAUACAUUUUUCUCACUAAUUAGGUUGGCUGGUUGGGCAGCAGCUUAGAAGUCAUUGGAUUUGUCAACUGUGGUUGACAUUAUGGGGUUUCUGUUAAGAUUGGUGGUGGCCUCCUUGCUAACAGUGGAGACAUGGAAAGUAAAAGCUUUAUAUAUGCCUUCAAUGGCUGUUGAGCCAGUCUUUCCAGUUGGAAAUCCAAGCAAACCACACACCACCCUAGAAGAGCUGAGCUAUGCACCAUGGCUUCCAAUGCCUCCUUUAGCCCUACCCCAGCAGAAACCAGACAUUGAUGAGCAUCAGUUUCCUAAUGAGCCCAAAUUCCCACUAGGUCUAGUCCAUGAGGUCCACCGACCAAUGCUUCCUUUUGAGCCAAAAUACCUAGUAGGAGGUCCAAUCCCUCAGGUCAAGCCACCAUGGUUUCCAGGAAAGCCUCCUUGUUCGUUUGUGAGUCCAGCAAGUCCUUGCAGGCCACCAGUGUACCCUGUUGAGCCCAAAUACCCAAUAGGAGGUCCAGUCCCUCAGGUCAAGCCACCAUGGUUUCCAGGAAAGCCUCCUUGUUUGUUUGGGAGUCUAGCAGGUCCUUGCAGGCCACCAGUGUACCCUGUUGAGCCCAAAUACCCAAUAGGAGGUCCAGUCCCUCAGGUCCAACCACUAAGGCUUCCUGUUGAGCCCAAUUACCCAAUAGGAGGUCUAGUGCCUCAGGUUGUGCCACCACAGUUUCCAGGAAAGCCUCCUUGUUCAACUGGGAGUCCAGCAGGUUCUUGCAGGCCACCAAUAUUCCCUUUUGGGCCCAACUACCCAAUACAGGGUCCAGUGGGCCAUGGACUUGAGCACUUGCUUCUGGUCAACUUGGAGCCUCCAAAAACCCAUGAAGAUCCCUUCUACCAUGGGUAUCCACCUAAGAGUCUUGGCUGUUGGAGCAAAUGGCCAUUUCUACCCUCAAGGCCUUGCUAGUUAAGGGCUUCAGAAGGUCCAGCAGCAGUAAAGAUUCUGAAUGAUAUUUUCUUUUCAAAAUAAAGAACUCUGUUUAAACAUGCA